AUGAGUACAACAGGAGAUACCAAUAUUCUACAAAAAGAACAAAUAAAAGAUGCAGCAGGAUUAGAAGAAGAGUUAAAGAACAUGUUGAAUAUAUCUACACCGAGUGAUAUACUGUCAAUCUUUUUCAAUACACAAGGACAGAGAGCUGCUAUCUAUACUAAAUGGAACCAAGGGUUUCGUGUAUACUUGGACACUCAAAAUGAAGAAGAGUACACUAAACUAUGUCAAACAGUGUCGUCACUGAUUUCAAAGGUGUCAAAGGAACUCAUCAUGAUCGAAGCUGCUCUCCAACCAAUCAAACCUAAAUGGUCAACCAUCAUAAACGAAUUGAGAGAUUAUGAAAAGGUUAAGUUUAUACUUACAUCAAAAUAUCAAAUAUUAAAGACAGAAGUACAUGCAAAUGAUUCGAUGACUCGUAUCGAUGAAGAUGGAAAUAUUAUAAAGAUGGAGAAUGACGGAUGCUUUAAAGAACAUAUCCAAGGUUGUAACCAACAAUUACAAGAAUGUCAAACUACCCUAAACCAAAUAACAUCAAUGAUCAAUGAAAAAUUAGAAGAUUUACAAUAUGAAUUGAAUGAAGAAGAGGAUGCAAAGGGUACUCCUGAUAGAUCCAAUAAAGAUACACAUAACAAUGAACAUAAACAUGAACAUUCUCAUACUUGUAAUCAUUAA